AGUCUUGCUGUGACUAAGAGUGCCAUCCCUGGAUUGUAUGUACCAGCAUCAACCUCCAAGUAUCUCUCCCGUUUAGAACAUUCCAAGUUUAUCCCUUUUUACCAAACCAGAGCUGCUGAGUUUAACACGGCCAAUAAACUGUCCAAAGCGGCCCAAGUGAAAGCAAACAAAACUGCUAAUAAGGCGCGGGAGAUAUUGCGAGCCACAAAAGAUGUGUUGGAUAAAGUUGGCAUGAAGUUUUGGUUGACUGAUGGCACGCUGCUAGGGUGGUACAGACAGUGUGAUUUCAUUGCACACACCAAUGAUGUCGAUGUUGGGACCUGGAUCACAGAUUUUAAUCCCGACUUAGAAAAACUUCUUAAACGCCGGGGACAACCAAUCAGGAUUUUGUACCACUAUGGCAAGCCGUCAGAUGGAUUCGAGUUAACAGUACAAGGAUUCGACAUGAAGUUGGAUAUACAAUUCAACUACAAAGACGCGAAUCACACAUGGACUGGUGGACUUAUUUCUACGUCAUUACAAAAAGUGCGAUGGAUUUAUCCUCUAGAUAUUCCCCUUUGCUCAGCUGAGUUAUUCGACGAUCUCUACUUUGUGCCAUGUGACACUGUAGCUAUUAUAGAGGCAAAUUAUGGGCCUACUUGGAUGCUGCCUGACAAAAAGUGGAUCUGGAACAAGUCUGCUCACAAUCUGGUCGAAGCAGGGAAGUUUUCAGAAUCAGACAGAAAAGAAGUCGUACAAAUAUUUCAAACAAGCAAACUAAACGGCCAUAAUAACCCCAGUCACAUUUCCUACGGCGACCUUGCGGUCUAUCAUUUCUGCGGCCAGUAACAUUUCUACGCUCGCCGUGGAAUUUCUGCGCUCUCAUACUUUUGCAGUCACAUUUCCCACGGCAGUCGCACGGUGAAU